GUCCGCCAUAGGGCAUUAUCGGUCACCAUGGUAACGUUCUCUAAAGUGUCAAAAUGUCCAAUCUUAACCAAGAGUUAAAUGAAUAUCUUCUCAAUAAUAGAAAUGAAAAACAAUUUAAAAUAUCAAUUCCUUCAGUGACAAUACCUAAACCACAAUUAGCCAAAUGGUUUCAAAAAAAGGAGGAAGAAGAAAGUAUAACUACUAAUUGCUGUCCAACUUUGACAAGAUUCCAACGACUUACAGCAUUCGCUUUCUGUUUUUUUACGGGAAUAGUUUGUUUUAUUUUGUCUGCUAUCUAUAUACCUGUACUGUUACUUAAGGCCAGAAAAUUUGCACUUUGUUAUUCCCUAGGAAGCUUUUUCUUCAUUUUAAGUUUUUGCUUUUUAUGGGGUCCAAUGAACUAUUUGAAAUCACUUUCAACGCCAGAAAGAAGAUGUUUUAGUAUAUCUUAUUUUUUAACGUUAUUUGGAACACUUUAUUUUUCUCUGCAUUUACAAUCGACUCCUUUAACUGUUUUGUGUGCAAUUUUUCAAUUGAUUGCAAUGAUAUCGUUUGCCAUCAGUCACAUUCCAGGCGGUACUACAGGCAUUAUGUUCUUUACGAAAAUGUUCAAGUCAUCCGUUAAUUCCUCGUUGCUUGUGUAAUAUUAAUUAUGUUAAGAUACUUUAAUGUAUCAUUAUUAUUAUUUAUUAAUUAUUACUCAAUUUAUUGAAAAUAUACACAAAGAAAUUUUAAUAAAAAAAAUAUAUAAUUUUA